AUGGCAAACGAAGAGACGCCGUCGUUCCGGUGCGACUCCCCAUCAUCAGACGCUUCUCCGACCCCAGCUAUCGGCGCUUGUCCCGAGCUGUCUCGCUGCGUCUCGACUGCCUCAUCCGUCUCCCACGGAUCCGCCACCGAGGGCAACUCCCGCGAAUCUCUGGGAAGCUUCCGAGGCAGCACAUACUCUAGACAGUCCUCUGGGAACUACAGCCGCCGCUCCGAUGUCAGCUUCGCAUCGUCCCGACAGUCCACUUGCAGCAGCGUGGAGGUUGGCCGCUCUUCCAGUCGCCGCCGAGGAUUUGUUCGACCGCAGGGUACCGACUUCGCUGCGAGUGCUCGCCAUAGAGAGAGCGUGCUGAGUUUGGGAAGCAUUGCCCACCUGCAGUACUACUUUGCGCGAACCGGUCUUCUCGAUGGCAAGGGCGCUCAGUUGGCGAGAAAGAACAAGGCCAAAGGAGGACUAGACCUCUCGUCUGUUAGCAGCUCAAGCUCGAAUUCGCCAGGGAUCGUUGAUUCACAGGGAAACAGCCCAGAACUUGGCUCUCAGCCUUUUGGCGCAGGACCGAUGGUGGAAUCGCCUACUGAUGACCACCACUACUAUUCUGAUGAUUUCGAAGAGGACCCAGAUGUUCUGCCUCCGACUGCGAGCACAUACAUUCACAGGAAUAAGCCAGUACCGAGGCCUCCGACAAUUGAGGAGCUCAAGGCGGACUUGACAGGAUCUCUCGAGAAGGCGGCUCAGGCCUUGAGACACGCCAAAAAGCAUAGGGAUAGUAGCCCCGUGCCGGAACUACCCGAGAUUCCCGCGAGAGGACAAAGCGAGCCCCCCAAGAAGACGUCUACAGGCUGGCACGAGGUUCAGGGUAUGCACAUUCUCGAUGUCAUGACGCUGGCUAUUCGGGCUGCGAGGAACUACUACACGGCGCAUGAAGUCCCCGAGCGACUGGACGCCAUCAAGUCUGAGAAGGAAAUUCGCACAGAGCUGCUCUCUGUCAUGGAGACCUUGAAGCAAAUGGCAACCCGACAAUGGUCAGGUGGAAUGAAGAACGAGGAGCUGCGAAUCCUCGAAUCCUGGAUCACCGGGCUUUUUAACAUGUUGAAGAUUGAAGAAGAAAUGAUUGAAGCAGAAAAGGCGGAGCGAAGCUCCUGGACGUGGCUGCAGGGCGACUGGACUGGCAAAGAAGUGGAGAGAGAAUUGGCCUUUAUGGCCUCACUCGUCCCUCAGGCCGACCCGCUUCCAGACUACACGCCUUCAGCCCACGCAAGCGAGUGCCCGACGCCUUUCCUCACCAGUUUGCAGAACGGCAUUCACCUAAUUGAAUUGCACAAUGCGGCGGUGAAGAGGUCAAAACGGCGAUUUGGCUUGAUUACCACAUUCCAUACCGACACAGACAAGCCGUAUCGGUCUGCAGACAAUAUCAGAUACUGGGCCAAAGCAGCAGAGCUGCGCUGGGAGGUCCUACUCAAGGUUAAUGCUUUGGGCAUUGUCUACAACAACUCUCCCGAAGUCUGGGUCAACUUUGAGAAGGCCAUCAUGGAUUGGAGCCGAAAGGUCCGCGAGGAGAUCACUUCUGAACUUCUAGGUUGA